AUGAAGUUUGCUGUGGUCCUUGUUACUGUUCUGUUUUUCACCAGCUUCUGCUUUUGCCGAGCUGCGGAAAAUGUCUCUGGAAACCAAGUAAGUUUACCCCUCAUUCUGCCUCAUUCCUUAACACCCGAUGCUUCCUACAGCUUUUUACUUCUGGUUAUUUGAUGAGCAGUUAACAUUAAAAGUGCGGUUUCUCCGCAUCCACAGUAAGACGUUAAGUAAUCAGUUCAUUUAACUACUGCGAAACAAAAGUUUGGGUUAAAAUCGAUAACCAACAGUUCUUACGAACUAAAUUCAGUGUUUUACUGAUUUUUCAAGUUUUAACAAAUAUUGUUGAUUUUGUUUAAUGCGAAGUUAUUUCGUUGGCUUCCUAGAAGAUUUGUGCAACUCCAGGAAAUCCGAUCAAUAUCAACGUGGGGCAACAUGGAAACGCAGUUAAGGUAACUGAGAUUUUCAUUUUACAUGUCAUUCAGGUUUUUUCCCGAAGAUGCUCAUGCUCAGUUUGACCAUUGUCUACAAAUUACAAUACAAAAAGGACAUACCCAUGAAUGACAAAACAAUUAUUGAGCUCGUCGUUUCACAAAAUCAUCAUGAUUUGUCAGUAUUUCGCAGUUUAGUUGUUUGUCUCUGUCUUCGAAAGGCAAAUUGUUUGAGGCGCUCUUAACAAUUGUUAAUUUUUUAAUCAAUUUCCCCUCGCUAUUAAAACCCGUCUAUAUUCUAUGUCGGCGUUUAUCAUCCAUUGGUUUUCAUCGCGUCUUUCCUUUAUAUAGAGGCAAAAGUCGCACGCAUUUCAGCUGUAAUAAAUAUUAUUUUCAUUUAUAAACGUUUUAGUGUCAGACCUGCAAUUGCUUUUUUUCAAUUCCCCUUACGUGACUACAUAUACGGGUACAUUCUAACUCGAUUGAAGUUCUCAAUCAACAUUGGCUUGGUUGAAUAUGAGGAAAACCCGUUGGAACAUGUCUGGUAUUUUUUAGGGUGAAAAGGGCGAUAAAGGUAGUAAAGGAGACGCUGGAAUGAAAGGGGAUGCAGGGAAGUCUGCACCUUGCAAUUGCAAGUUACAGGUGAGAUAUUCCUUUGAUGAUUUUACAAUAUAAUGAUACAUUAUACAAGGGAGCAAUUGGUUAGUAUACACGCUAAAAAAGUGAAAGCGAUGGAAUCGAACUCAAGAUGUCAGAAAAUAUAUUGAAUUUGCGGGAUUAGUAAAAAAAAAUAGCAAACGUAAAGCGGAAGAAGAAAUAGUAAAUACCAAGUGCAAAAAAUGAAUCCGUGCAUGUUCGUCUAUUCCCCAGAAAAGUAUUAGGUAGUGAAGUGAGAAAAUUUGAACAAGGAAGUUCCAUUUUUCAUUUCGAAUUUCAGAGUUCCUUUGGACUUCAGGGGUUCAGUUUAUAACGAAAUUUAACCCUUUGUAGUCGGGGGAAACGCAAGGUUCUGAAGUAUUACCUGGAGAGGAGUAUCGACAUUCCUAAAAGAACAGUGAGAAUUCCGCCUCUAACUGAAUAAUUAGGGCCCCACUCAGUGUUUCCACUUGCAUGGUAAAUGAGUCAUCAGCUUUUAUGUUUGUUAUUUAAAGUCGGAUUUCAGAUUUAUUUAUCUUACUGUAUGCUCUUUAUCCCGUCUCUUCAAGGAUCCAAACAAACCGUCGGCUCACAUUGAGGGAGCUAAUAAAGGGGAUGUCACUUACCAAGUCAACAAAGGUAUCGGUCAUAAUAGCGAUAUCUUUGUUUAUGGAUGCUAUUAUUUUGAUUUGGUCACUGUCCAUAUUCUCAAGCUGAUAUGAGUUGCAUGCGGAUACUCAUGAGUUAUCGGGUUUCUGGUCAACCAAUGAAUGACAUGUUCAUAAUUUUCUGGGAACUUUUCCUAAGUUUAUACGGCUGGGUUCUUUUAAAAUUACAUGAAUUUAAAUGAUAAUAAUAAUAAACAAUUUUCCAAAGUUCAAAAUGCAUAAAUUUACUCCUGUUUGGAAUUUUAUCUUUAGUAACGCGGCUUUCCACACAGCUUUUAUUUAUGUCAUCUUGUUACCCAUCUUCCACUUGUUUCAUUACGAAAAUCGUCAUUUGGGCCACCGGGCGGUCCCCUGCGGCGGACCCAAACGUUAGACUUACCGGACUGUUGUUUGAUGGUUUUGCAGUAAUCAAAGACUGGACUCUAAGUGCUCCCUACAGCCAUCUCGCAGGCGGUAUGAAAUAUAAAGACGGAAAACUUACUGUACCCAUCCCUGGACGUUAUUACAUUUACGAACAGAUUUACUGGCGUGGUUUCAGAGGAAAGCCUCUCAGAAUUUCUAUCCUUGUGAACAACAAAGUGAUCGCCAUGGCUCAACCACCAAUGAACUCGUUGCGAAGGGACGAGUUUACGAUUUCCACAGGCGGAGUGUUUCAUCUUAAAGCUGGUGACGUCAUUACAGUGGCCCCCACGUACCAUGUUGGGACAGUCUACAUGGGGACUUUCCACAGCUUCUUUGGGGCGUUCUUGAUUUGAAAUGCGCCAGGAUUUUUUCCAGUGCACGAGUGUUUUUUGAUAGUUUUAGCCUCUUUUCUUGGUCCAUUGUGUCAAAAUUAAAUAAAGUGUUGGGACAACCUUUCAGCUGAAUAAACUAACAAUCGUUAACAG